AAUGGUAUAAAUAUAACACGUGGCAACUGAGCUCCUCUACAGGAGUCAUUGAGCAUCACUUGUGGUCUUAUUUGCUGUUUGUGAGUGGUGCUUGCUGCAAAGCAAAGAUGGUAUCUCAGGUGUGCCAGAACUUUCAUGCUGAUUGUGAAGCUGCAGUGAAUCAAAUGGUGAACCUAGAGCUACAUGCUAGUUAUGUCUAUUUGUCUAUGGCCUACCACUUUGACCGUGAUGACGUUGCCCUGAGCCAUGUGGCCAAGUUCUUGAAGGAGCAGUCCCACGAAGAGAAGGGACAUGCAGAGAAGUUCCUGAAAUACCAGAACAAGCGUGGGGGGCGCAUCAUACUGCAGGACGUCAAGAGGCCAGAGCAGGAUGAGUGGGGCAACAGCCUGGCUGCCCUGCAGAGUGCCCUGGAGCUGGAGAAGAAGGUGAACCAGGCCUUGCUGGAUCUGCACAAGCUGGCAACAGAGAAGGGAGACCCCCAUCUGUGUGACUUCCUGGAGUCUGAAUACCUGGAGGAGCAGGUGAAAGCCAUCAAGCAACUGGGAGACCACCUCACCAACCUGAGACGCCUGGGAGUGCCCCAGAAUGGCAUGGGGGAGUACCUCUUUGACAAGCUCACCUUGGGGGAGAGCAGCUGAGUAGCGCCCUGAAACUUUGUAACAUACAAAAGAAAUAAAUUAUUGGCAUAAAUGCAAAA